UAAACGCCUAAUUUGAUAAUGACAUUUAGCAAAAACGCCUCAGAAAAUUUUAGUUGUCAAUUGCAGUUAUAGCUGCCGUUGCCGCAUUUAUUGGUUUUUCCCCUGGUGAAGGUAUCCCAAAAGCGUUUCCCAGUGUGUUGUUACCUUCAGCAUUGAAAAUUGUGGAUAAUUACAGUAAUACUCGAAGAGGCCUGACAUCUCCACAGUUCCAUCUACCCGUGUCUAGCUCUUCAAGUAUGAGUGGGCUUACACUGUCAAAGCGCGCCCAGCACCCCGUAGUGGGAGAUUUCUCAACCGACACUUUGGCGCUGAUUUUAAAAUGCGUGAAUUUUGCUGCAGUGAAGCAUAAAAAUCAAAGACGAUUGGAUGUUGAUGAAACCCCGUAUAUAAAUCACCCAAUCGGGGUUGCGUACAUUCUUACUUCUGAAGCGUAUGUUCAAGACCCUGAUGUCUUGCUUGCGGCGUUAUUACAUGACACUGUGGAGGAUACGGAUACCACAUUCGAGGAGAUAGAAUUUCAUUUUGGCGAAACCGUGAGAAAAAUUGUACAAGAAGUUACUGAUGAUAAAAGUUUGCCGAAAAUGGAGAGGAAGAGAUUGCAAAUUGUCCAUGCAGCGACGUCAUCUUUUAAGGCAAAACUGGUUAAACUUGCGGAUAAACUAUAUAACUUGCGGGAUUUGCAACAAGCGCUACCUAAGGGAUGGAGCGAGGAACGUCGCCGCGAAUAUUUUAUAUGGAGCAAAAAAGUUGUUGACAAUUUACGUGGAACAAACCAAGCAUUAGAAAAUGCACUUGACAUUGUCUUCAAACAAGAAGAAAUAUAUUAUUUAGAAUAACCGCAAUAAUGUGUAAAUUCUUAUAAAAAUGUAUUGAAGUGUAUCUCACGUAUAUUAUUAUAAAUUAUAUAUUUUUAUACGUAA